AUGUCGACAACACACAUAGUGGGCCUGCUACCAAAUGGCAUUCAACACAUUCGAUUCUUUCCCUACCUCCCUACCAAAUCCCACGAAUCGGCAAAUGAGUUGAGACAAAGGAUGGAAUGGAGGAUGGACUUGAUGGCAAGAGCAUGGGAGACGCAGGGCAAAUCUACAGUGAAGCUCCCAGGCCAGGCUGCCAGUAGACUGGGCAAGGAGAAGAACUCGGAGAAUCUUGCUGGUACGCAGGCAAGAAGCGGCUACAUCUCCAGGAUCUCUGAAGGACAUGGCAGGCAUGGCACAGUCAAGACCAGCAAAAUCUCGGACAUGGUGUUUUUGAACGAAUUGAAACCAUCCGAUGUUCGACUGCUACCGCUAUAUCUCGGCAAAUCUUCUCCAAUCAAGGCCUGCAGGGACUAUGGAUGUUUGGAGACACAAGGCAAGCAAUGGGCGUGCAUCUCCGGUCUACCAGCCAUGGGGGCCAUGGCUAUUGAGAGGGGGGGGUAG